AUGACAGAGCCCAGCUGCAAAAAACAGGGAUUUAAAAAAUGCAGGAGUGCCACGUUUAGCAUCGAUGGCUUCAGUUUCACCAUCGUUGCAAAUGAAACCGGAGACAGUAACCCGCGGCCGCUGGCGCGCUUCGCCCGUUCCAAGUCCCAGAAUGCACUGUGGAAUGCGAUCACGGCCGGGAUUGGGAUUAAGGACAAGGACAGGCGUGGGAUCCUGAUUGAUCCCCGAAGCCCCGAGGAGAUACUGGCUGAUGAGCUCCCUGCCAUCGAUGGUCCUGAUGCAAUGGAAAAAACCGCCAUCAGAUUGCGAUGUUUGGUGAAACAGCUGGAACGUGGAGAGGCCUCUGUGGUUGACCUUAAGAAAAACUUGGAAUAUGCUGCAUCUGUACUGGAGUCAGUCUAUAUUGAGGAGACAAGGCGUCUGGUGGACACUGAGGAUGAGCUCAGUGACAUCCAGUCCGACUCCGUUCCCUCGGAGGUGCGUGAUUGGCUGGCCUCCACCUUUACUCGUCAGAUGGGCUUGAUGCUUAGACGGACAGAGGAGAAACCACGCUUCAGGAGUAUUGUCCACGCAGUGCAAGCUGGGAUAUUUGUGGAGAGAAUGUAUCGCCGGACGUCCAACAUGGUGGGAUUAAGCUAUCCGCCCAGCGUGAUCACAGUUCUCAAGCAUGUGGACACGUGGUCAUUUGAUGUGUUUGCUCUGAAUGAAGCAAGUGGAGAUCAUGCAUUGAAAUUCAUCUUCUACGAACUGCUUACCAGAUACGACUUAAUCAAUCGCUUCAAGAUCCCCAUCUCUGCGCUGGUAUCCUUUGUGGAGGCUCUGGAGGUGGGUUACAGUAAACACAAGAACCCGUACCAUAAUCUGAUCCAUGCCGCUGACGUCACACAGACAGUCCAUUACCUUCUGCUCAAGACAGGCAUGGUGCAUUGGCUGACAGAGCUGGAAAUCUUUGCUAUGCUCUUUGCCGCAGCUGUGCACGAUUAUGAGCAUACCGGAACCACAAACAACUUCCAUAUACAAACCAGAUCUGACACAGCCAUACUGUACAACGACCGAGCCGUACUGGAAAAUCACCACGUGAGUGCUGCUUAUCGCCUCCUACAGGACGACGAUGAGAUGAACAUCCUCUACAAUUUAUCUAAAGACGACUGGAGGGAGUUACGCGCCUUGGUAGUGGAGAUGGUUUUGGCAACAGACAUGUCCUGUCACUUCCAGCAGAUCAAGGCUAUGAAGAACUUUCUCCAGCAGCCUGAGGCGAUUGACAAGCCUAAAGCUUUGUCCUUAUUACUGCACACUGCUGACAUCAGUCACCCUGCCAAAAAGUGGGACCUGCACCAUCGCUGGACCACAUCGCUGCUGGAGGAAUUCUUCCGACAGGGCGAUAAAGAGGCAGAACUUGGCCUUCCGUUCUCACCUCUUUGCGACCGCAAGUCCACUAUGGUGGCCCAGUCUCAGAUUGGGUUUAUUGAUUUUAUUGUGGAGCCCACCUUCACGGUCCUGACCGACAUGACAGAGAAAAUAGUGACACCACUGAUAGAUGAGGCUUCACGUUCGGGUUUGGCUGGGCUGCGACGCUCCAGUCUGAACAACAUCACCCCGUCAGAUGGAAAACGCUCCAGCGUGAAAAGCACAAGCUCCGAGGGCAGCUCCUCCCUCAACUGCUCCCUGCUCAACGUGGACUUCAAAUGCUUCAAGGCCACAUGGAAUGAGGAGGUACACCAGAACAGGGAGAAGUGGAAAGCUCAGGCUGCCAAAGACCUGGAGGAGAAAGCGAAAAAGGAAGCAGAGGAGAAGGCCAAACAGGAGGAGACAGAGGGGAAAAAGAUCAAGUCAGAGGACAGCAAAGACUCAGACUCCGUAGAGAAAUCAGAGGACAAGGACAAGAAAGAGAAGGAGACAUCAGAGAAAUCACAAGAAACCGACAAGAAAGACACAAAAACCACAACCAGAGACAGAGAGAAAGAGAGAGAGAGAAAGACAGAGUCGGCAGACGUGGCGCAGUCCAGGGCAGAUAAGAAAGAGCCUGCGGAGCAAGAGCCCAAAGAAGCUGAGGGGAAUAAAGACCCAGGGGGGUCAAACAAGGUCAAACCCGAUGCCGCCUCCAAUCAAGACUCCGAUCCCAAAGAGCAGGACACCAGUAGCGACACAGACAACAGCCAGCAAGUCCAAAAUGGAGAAGUACCUGAGGAACUAGACUCACCUGACAGUGAGGACAGUGACAAAAAAAGUGUGACCUGCUUGUCUACAUCCAUCCUCUCAGACCUCACUUGUCCUCCAUUGACAACCUCAAGAGAUCCUGAGCUCUCCAGACAAGCUGAUGGCCAGCUUCUAGACCAAAACGGCAUACACCUGCAAGUUCCAGACAAACCAUUCUAUUCAGAAGAUGAGCCCCACAGUAACCGUGGCAACUCGCCUGCCUCUAAAGCAGCUGCUGCCGCUGCGGCUGCCAGCGCGUCAGAUGCAAACUAA